AUUGUUACUGAUCGACAAGUAGAUCAGGAACAAGACUCGAGAAGUUCAUCCAUGACCUUUGCAUUCAGAACGUGUUCGUCCACAUUUCGUUCUCAUUAUUUGCCUCUUCGUUGUCGAACUAUCAUCUAUAGAUCUAUAAGCACCAGGAGUAGAAUGUCUGGAACCCCUAAGGUUUUAUCUUCCGAAGAUCUUUCUCCUUCGGAGGCCAAGUGGGUGACCUUGAAGAAGCUGAGAUGGCGUGACCCUGAGGGCAGGGAGAGAGUCUGGGAAUCUGCUGAACGGACAACUCGAGGUCCAUCCGGUAUAGAUGCCGUCGCUAUCUUAGCUAUCUUGCGUUCCGAGAAGAACACGUUUCCCACUUCCACCGUAAUCAUCGAACAGUUCAGGCCGUCUGUCGGCAAGUACGUUGUCGGUCUCAUAGAUGAGAAUGAAACACCAGAAGAAGCAGCUAUCCGAGAACUUGAAGAAGAGACUGGUUACAAGGGAAAGAAAGUUCUCCAAUCUACCACCUUGCUUGUCAGUGAUCCCGGCAUGACGAAUGCCAACAUGAAACUCGUCACCGUGGACGUGCCAUUCCCGGAUAAGCUCGAAACCUUCCCCCAGAAAUUGGAUGCGGGAGAGUUCAUCGUAAAGAGAGUGGUAGAGAUUUGCAAACUUUCAGAGGAGUUCAGAGAAUAUGAGAGGAAAGGCUACACUGUUGACGCAAGGCUUGGUCACUUCGCAGCUGGUUUCGAGUUGUCUCAGCGACUAGCUAAGGGCCAGAUAGAAUAAGACGACACUAGUACCAUGGUCAUCAUAUUACUGAUUGGUGCAUCUAGACAGAACAUGUACUGUACGAUAGACCCGCAUCAAAUGAAAGAGAAUGGGGUAUCAGUGAUGAGACUUU